UUCGGAAUGAUGGUUUGAAAGCUUCUGAUGUCCUUCCUAUCCUAAAGGAAAAAGUGGCCUUCGUGUCUGGGGGUCGUGAUAAGCGAGGCGGACCCAUCCUGACCUUCCCUGCUCGCAGCAAUCAUGACAGAAUAAGACAGGAAGACCUGCGGAAACUCGUGACGUAUUUGGCCAGCGUGCCAAGUGAGGACGUGUGCAAACGUGGCUUCACUGUCAUUAUCGACAUGCGGGGCUCCAAGUGGGACCUCAUCAAGCCCCUCCUCAAAACGCUUCAGGAAGCCUUUCCAGCUGAGAUCCAUGUGGCCCUCAUCAUCAAACCUGACAACUUCUGGCAGAAACAGAAGACCAACUUUGGCAGCUCCAAAUUCAUCUUUGAGACGAGCAUGGUAUCUGUGGAGGGCCUCACGAAGCUGGUGGACCCCUCCCAGCUGACGGAGGAGUUUGAUGGUUCCCUGGACUACAACCAUGAGGAGUGGAUUGAACUGCGGCUCUCCCUGGAGGAGUUCUUCAGUAGCGCCGUGCACCUGCUCUCACGCCUCGAGGACCUCCAGGAGAUGCUAGCCCGGAAGGAGUUUCCUGUGGAUGUGGAGGGCUCUCGGCGGCUCAUUGAUGAGCACACACAGCUCAAGAAAAAGGUGCUGAAGGCCCCUGUGGAGGAGCUGGACCGAGAGGGGCAGCGGCUGCUGCAGUGCAUCCGCUGUAGCGAUGGCUUCUCAGGACGCAACUGCAUCCCGGGCAGUGCCGACUUCCAGAGCCUGGUCCCUAAGAUCACCAGCCUCCUAGACAAGCUGCAUUCUACGCGGCAGCACCUGCACCAGAUGUGGCACGUGCGCAAGCUCAAGCUGGACCAGUGCUUUCAGCUGCGGCUCUUCGAGCAGGAUGCUGAGAAGAUGUUCGACUGGAUAAGCCACAACAAGGAGUUAUUCCUCCAGAGCCACACGGAGAUCGGAGUCAGCUACCAGUAUGCCCUAGACCUCCAGACGCAGCACAAUCACUUUGCCAUGAACUCCAUGAAUGCCUAUGUCAACAUCAACCGCAUCAUGUCUGUGGCUUCCCGCCUCUCUGAGGCUGGCCAUUAUGCCUCACAACAAAUCAAGCAGAUCUCCACCCAGCUAGACCAGGAGUGGAAGAGCUUUGCCGCUGCCCUGGAUGAACGCAGCACCAUCCUCGCCAUGUCUGCUGUGUUCCACCAGAAGGCUGAGCAGUUCCUGUCUGGAGUGGAUGCCUGGUGCAAGAUGUGCAGUGAAGGUGGUCUGCCAUCUGAGAUGCAGGACCUGGAGCUGGCAAUCCAUCACCACCAGACCUUGUAUGAGCAGGUGACCCAAGCCUACACAGAGGUCAGCCAGGAUGGCAAAGCUCUGCUAGAUGUGCUACAGCGGCCCCUGAGUCCUGGGAACUCCGAAUCCCUCACAGCCACAGCCAACUACUCCAAGGCAGUGCACCAGGUGCUGGACGUGGUGCACGAGGUGUUACACCACCAGCGACGGCUGGAGAGCAUCUGGCAGCACCGAAAGGUGCGACUCCAUCAGCGGCUGCAGCUCUGUGUCUUCCAGCAGGACGUACAGCAGGUAUUGGACUGGAUUGAAAACCAUGGUGAGGCCUUUCUCAGCAAACACACUGGAGUUGGGAAGUCCCUACAUCGAGCCCGGGCCUUGCAGAAGAGGCAUGAUGACUUUGAAGAGGUGGCUCAGAAUACGUACACCAAUGCGGACAAGCUCCUAGAAGCAGCGGAGCAGUUGGCUCAGACCGGGGAAUGUGACCCCGAGGAGAUCUACAAGGCAGCUCGACACCUGGAGGUGCGCAUUCAAGACUUCGUGCGCAGGGUGGAGCAGCGGAAGCUUCUCCUGGACAUGUCUGUCUCCUUCCACACACACACCAAAGAGUUGUGGACAUGGAUGGAAGAUCUUCAGAAGGAGAUGUUGGAGGAUGUAUGUGCAGACUCUGUGGAUGCAGUCCAGGAACUGAUCAAGCAGUUCCAGCAGCAGCAGACUGCCACUCUAGAUGCCACGCUCAAUGUCAUCAAGGAAGGCGAAGACCUUAUCCAGCAGCUCAGGUCAGCGCCUCCCUCCCUGGGGGAGCCCAGCGAGGCCAGGGACUCGGCUGUGUCCAACAACAAAACACCCCACACCAGCUCCAUCAGCCACAUCGAGUCGGUCCUGCAGCAGCUUGAUGAUGCCCAGGUGCAGAUGGAGGAGCUGUUCCACGAGCGGAAGAUCAAGCUGGACAUCUUCCUGCAACUGCGCAUCUUUGAGCAGUACACCAUCGAGGUGACAGCAGAGCUAGAUGCCUGGAAUGAAGACCUGCUUCGGCAGAUGAAUGACUUCAACACAGAGGACCUAACCUUGGCAGAACAGCGGCUGCAGCGCCACACAGAACGGAAGCUAGCCAUGAACAACAUGACCUUUGAGGUCAUUCAGCAGGGCCAGGAUCUGCACCAAUACAUCAUGGAGGUCCAGGCAUCAGGAAUUGAGUUGAUCUGUGAGAAAGACAUUGAUCUGGCAGCCCAGGUACAAGAGUUACUGGAAUUUCUCCAUGAGAAGCAGCAUGAAUUGGAGCUCAAUGCAGAGCAAACUCAUAAGCGGCUAGAGCAGUGCCUCCAAUUACGGCACCUCCAGGCUGAAGUCAAACAGGUCCUGGGAUGGAUCCGCAAUGGAGAGUCAAUGCUCAAUGCCAGCCUGGUCAAUGCCAGCUCUUUGUCGGAAGCAGAGCAGCUGCAGCGGGAGCAUGAGCAGUUCCAACUGGCCAUCGAGUCCCUCUUUCAUGCCACUUCCUUGCAGAAGACGCACCAGAGCGCCCUGCAGGUACAGCAGAAAGCCGAGGUGCUGCUCCAGGCUGGCCACUACGAUGCCGAUGCCAUCCGGGAAUGUGCUGAAAAGGUGGCCCUCCACUGGCAGCAGCUCAUGCUGAAGAUGGAAGACCGACUAAAACUGGUCAAUGCCUCUGUGGCCUUUUACAAAACUUCUGAACAGGUGUGUAGUGUCCUGGAGAGCUUAGAGCAAGAAUACCGGAGAGAUGAGGACUGGUGUGGUGGACGAGAUAAGCUGGGGCCAGCGGCAGAGAUUGACCAUGUCAUUCCACUCAUCAGCAAACAUUUGGAACAAAAGGAGGCUUUUCUUAAGGCCUGUACCUUGGCUCGGCGGAACGCUGAGGUGUUUCUCAAGUACAUCCACAGGAACAACGUCAGCAUGCCCAGUGUCGCCAGCCACACUCGGGGACCCGAGCAACAAGUGAAAGCCAUCCUGAGUGAGCUCCUGCAAAGGGAGAAUCGCGUGCUGCAUUUCUGGACUUUGAAGAAGCGUCGGUUAGACCAGUGCCAGCAAUACGUGGUGUUCGAGCGCAGCGCUAAGCAGGCGCUGGACUGGAUCCAAGAAACAGGUGAAUUUUACCUCUCAACACAUACCUCCGCUGGAGAGACCACAGAGGAGACUCAAGAACUGCUGAAAGAGUAUGGGGAAUUCAGGGUGCCUGCAAAGCAAACAAAGGAGAAGGUGAAGCUUCUGAUUCAGCUGGCCGAUAGCUUUGUGGAAAAAGGCCACAUUCAUGCCACGGAGAUAAGGAAAUGGGUGACCACGGUGGACAAGCACUACAGAGAUUUCUCCCUGAGGAUGGGGAAGUACCGGUACUCCCUGGAGAAAGCCCUAGGAGUCAACACAGAGGAUAAUAAGGACCUGGAGCUGGACAUCAUCCCAGCAAGCCUUUCGGAUCGGGAGGUCAAGCUGCGGGAUGCCAACCAUGAGGUCAAUGAAGAGAAGCGGAAGUCGGCCCGGAAGAAAGAAUUUAUUAUGGCUGAACUACUCCAGACAGAGAAGGCUUAUGUAAGGGAUUUACAUGAGUGCUUAGAGACCUACCUGUGGGAAAUGACCAGUGGUGUGGAGGAGAUCCCCCCUGGGAUCCUCAAUAAAGAGCAUAUCAUCUUUGGCAACAUCCAAGAGAUCUACGAUUUCCAUAACAACAUCUUCCUCAAAGAGCUGGAGAAGUACGAGCAGCUGCCUGAAGAUGUGGGACACUGCUUUGUUACCUGGGCAGACAAAUUUCAGAUGUAUGUCACCUACUGUAAAAACAAGCCUGAUUCCAACCAGCUUAUCCUGGAGCAUGCGGGCACCUUCUUUGAUGAGAUACAGCAGCGGCAUGGUCUGGCCAACUCCAUCUCUUCCUACCUAAUUAAGCCUGUCCAAAGGAUCACCAAAUAUCAACUGCUCCUGAAGGAACUUUUAACUUGCUGUGAAGAAGGGAAAGGGGAGCUCAAGGAUGGCCUGGAAGUGAUGCUCAGUGUCCCAAAGAAAGCCAAUGAUGCCAUGCAUGUCAGCAUGCUGGAAGGGUUCGACGAGAACCUGGACGUGCAGGGGGAGUUGAUUCUUCAGGAUGCCUUUCAAGUGUGGGACCCAAAGUCGCUGAUCCGGAAGGGGCGGGAGCGGCACUUGUUCCUCUUUGAGAUCUCCUUGGUUUUUAGCAAGGAGAUCAAAGACUCUACAGGACACACGAAAUAUGUUUACAAGAACAAGCUACUGACCUCAGAGCUGGGUGUGACCGAGCACGUGGAGGGCGACCCCUGCAAAUUUGCCUUGUGGUCUGGGCGCACCCCAUCCUCAGACAAUAAAACAGUGCUGAAAGCCUCCAACAUCGAAACCAAGCAGGAGUGGAUCAAGAACAUUCGAGAAGUGAUUCAAGAAAGGAUCAUUCACCUGAAAGGAGCUUUAAAGGAGCCACUUCAGCUCCCCAAAACACCAGCCAAACAGAGGAACAAUAGUAAGAGGGAUGGAGUGGAGGAUAUUGACAGCCAGGGGGAUGGGAGCAGCCAACCAGACACCAUCUCCAUUGCUUCUAGGACCUCUCAGAACACAGUGGACAGUGACAAGCUCUCUGGUGGAUGUGAGCUGACCGUGGUCCUCCAGGACUUCAGUGCUGGCCACAGCACCGAGCUGACCAUCCAGGUGGGGCAGACGGUGGAGCUGCUGGAGCGGCCCAGCGAGCGGCCCGGUUGGUGUCUGGUCCGUACCACGGAACGAAGCCCGCCCCUGGAGGGCCUGGUCCCCAGCAGUGCCCUGUGCAUCUCACACUCCCGAAGCAGCGUGGAGAUGGACUGCUUCUUCCCCUUGGUGAAAGAUGCAUACUCUCAUUCCUCAAGCGAGAAUGGAGGCAAAUCCGAGUCCGUGGCCAACCUGCAGGCCCAGCCCUCCCUGAACUCCAUCCACAGUUCCCCGGGUCCCAAGCGCUCCACCAACACCCUUAAGAAGUGGCUGACAAGUCCUGUACGCCGCCUCAACAGCGGGAAAGCAGACGGAAACAUCAAAAAGCAGAAGAAAGUUCGCGAUGGUCGGAAGAGCUUUGACCUGGGAUCUCCCAAGCCUGGGGAUGAGACAACCCCUCAGGGAGACAGCGCUGAUGAGAAGAGCAAGAAAGGUUGGGGUGAAGAUGAGCCGGAUGAAGAGUCACACACACCCCUCCCACCACCUAUGAAGAUUUUUGACAACGACCCUACGCAGGAUGAAAUGUCCUCCUCUUUGCUAGCAGCCCGGCAGGCUUCCACUGAAGUACCUACUGCUGCAGACCUUGUCAGUGCAAUAGAAAAGUUGGUCAAAAACAAGCUGAGUCUAGAAGGAGGGUCAUACCGGGGAAGCUUGAAAGACCCUGCAGGCUGCCUGAAUGAGGGGAUGGCCCCACCCACUCCUCCUAGAAACCUGGAAGAAGAACAGAAAGCCAAGGCCCUGAGAGGCAGGAUGUUUGUCCUGAAUGAGCUGGUUCAGACUGAGAAAGACUAUGUCAAGGAUCUGGGCAUUGUGGUGGAGGGCUUCAUGAAGAGAAUAGAAGAAAAGGGUGUCCCUGAGGAUAUGCGAGGGAAGGGCAAAAUCGUGUUUGGAAAUAUACAUCAGAUUUAUGACUGGCAUAAGGAUUUUUUCCUGGCGGAACUGGAAAAGUGUAUCCAGGAGCAAGACAGAUUGGCACAGCUCUUUAUUAAGCAUGAGCGGAAGCUGCACAUCUACGUGUGGUAUUGUCAGAAUAAGCCACGCUCAGAGUACAUCGUUGCUGAGUAUGACGCCUAUUUUGAGGAAGUAAAACAGGAGAUAAAUCAGAGGCUCACACUGAGUGACUUCCUCAUCAAGCCCAUUCAGAGAAUAACAAAAUACCAGUUGCUCCUCAAGGACUUCCUGAGAUACAGUGAAAAGGCUGGUUUGGAGUGUUCAGAUAUCGAGAAAGCAGUGGAGUUAAUGUGCCUUGUUCCCAAACGUUGCAAUGACAUGAUGAAUCUAGGACGUCUGCAGGGCUUUGAGGGCACCCUGACUGCUCAAGGGAAGCUGCUGCAACAGGACACGUUCUAUGUGAUAGACCUGGAUGCGGGCAUGCAGUCCCGGACCAAAGAGAGGCGCGUAUUCCUCUUUGAGCAGAUUGUCAUCUUCAGUGAACUGCUCAGGAAGGGAUCCCUCACCCCCGGCUACAUGUUCAAAAAGAGCAUCAAGAUGAAUUACUUGGUCCUGGAGGAGAAUGUGGACAAUGAUCCAUGCAAGUUUGCACUCAUGAACAGAGAGACUUCUGAGAGGGUCAUUCUGCAAGCCGCCAAUGCUGACAUCCAGCAGGCCUGGGUGCAGGACAUCAAUCAAGUCUUAGAAACACAGCGAGACUUUUUGAAUGCACUGCAGUCGCCCAUUGAGUAUCAGCGGAAAGAAAGGAGCACAGCCGUGAUGAAGUCUCAACCUGCCAGGCUUCCCCAAGCCAGCCCCAGGCCCUACUCCUCUGCUCCUGUGGGCUCAGAGAAGCCCCCAAAGGGCUCCAGCUAUAACCCACCUCUGCCACCCCUGAAGAUACCUACCUCCAAUGGCAGUCCAGGGUUUGAAUACCACCAGCCUGGGGACAAGUUUGAAGCCAGCAAGCAGAACGACCUGGGAGGCUGCAAUGGGACCUCGUCCAUGGCUGUGGUCAAAGAUUACUAUGCACUGAAGGAGAAUGAAAUCUGUGUGAGCCAAGGUGAGGUGGUCCAGGUCCUCGCCGUCAACCAGCAGAACAUGUGUCUGGUGUACCAGCCUGCCAGCGACCAUUCCCCCGCCGCCGAGGGCUGGGUCCCAGGCAGCAUCCUGGCACCCCUCACCAAAGCCACAGCAGCAGAAAGUAGUGACGGGAGCAUCAAGAAGUCAUGUUCAUGGCAUACUCUACGCAUGAGAAAGCGGGCGGAAGUGGAGAACACGGGUAAAAAUGAAGCCACAGGGCCUCGUAAACCCAAGGAUAUUCUGGGCAACAAAGUCUCUGUUAAAGAGACGAACAGUUCCGAGGAAUCAGAGUGUGAUGAUCUUGACCCUAAUACUAGCAUGGAGAUCUUAAAUCCAAAUUUCAUCCAAGAAGUGGCCCCAGAAUUCCUUGUGCCCUUGGUGGAUGUGACCUGCUUGCUUGGGGACACAGUGAUACUGCAAUGCAAAGCCUGUGGGCGGCCGAAGCCCACCAUCACUUGGAAGGGUCCAGACCAGAACAUCCUCGACACUGACAACAGCUCGGCCACAUACAGUGUCUCCUCUUGUGAUUCUGGAGAAAUCACCCUGAAGAUCUGCAAUCUGAUGCCCCAAGACAGUGGGAUUUAUACCUGCAUAGCGACAAAUGACCACGGGACCACAUCAACAUCUGCGACAGUCAAAGUGCAAGGUGUUCCAGCAGCCCCUAACCGCCCCAUUGCCCAGGAGAGAAGCUGCACGUCCGUGAUUCUCCGCUGGCUGCCCCCCUCCAGCACAGGAAACUGCACUAUUUCUGGUUACACUGUGGAGUACAGAGAGGAAGGUUCUCAGAUCUGGCAGCAGUCGGUGGCUUCGACCUUGGACACUUACCUCGUCAUUGAAGACCUUAGUCCCGGGUGUCCUUAUCAGUUCAGAGUCAGCGCCAGUAACCCCUGGGGAAUCAGCCUUCCCAGCGAGCCCUCGGAGUUUGUGCGACUUCCAGAAUAUGAUGCUGCCACUGAUGGUGCCACCAUUUCUUGGAAGGAAAAUUUUGACUCAGCUUACACUGAGCUGAAUGAAAUUGGAAGAGGCCGUUUCUCUAUAGUAAAGAAAUGUAUCCACAAGGCUACCCGCAAAGAUGUGGCUGUGAAAUUUGUUAGCAAAAAAAUGAAGAAGAAAGAACAGGCUGCCCACGAGGCCGCCCUGCUUCAGCACCUACAGCACCCCCAAUACAUCACUCUCCAUGACACCUAUGAGUCCCCCACAUCCUACAUCCUGAUUUUGGAACUGAUGGAUGAUGGCCGGCUGUUAGACUACCUUAUGAAUCAUGACGAACUGAUGGAGGAAAAAGUAGCUUUCUAUAUCCGAGACAUCAUGGAGGCUCUGCAGUACCUUCACAACUGCAGGGUUGCACAUUUGGACAUAAAGCCUGAAAACCUGCUCAUUGACCUACGGAUUCCAGUGCCUCGAGUGAAGCUCAUUGACUUGGAGGAUGCUGUCCAGAUCUCGGGUCACUUUCACAUUCACCACCUGCUGGGGAACCCCGAGUUUGCUGCCCCAGAAGUCAUCCAAGGCAUCCCUGUCUCCCUGGGGACAGACAUCUGGAGCAUCGGGGUUCUAACAUAUGUCAUGCUGAGUGGGGUCUCCCCCUUCUUGGAUGAGAGCAAAGAGGAGACAUGUAUCAACGUAUGCAGGGUGGAUUUCAGCUUUCCCCAUGAAUACUUCUGUGGUGUGAGCAAUGCUGCCAGAGAUUUUAUCAAUGUGAUCUUACAGGAAGACUUUCGGAGGCGGCCCACAGCGGCCACAUGCCUACAGCAUCCAUGGCUGCAGCCCCAUAAUGGCAGCUACUCUAAGAUCCCCCUGGACACCUCCCGCCUAGCAUGCUUCAUAGAACGCCGCAAGCACCAGAACGAUGUACGGCCUAUACCCAAUGUCAAGAGCUACAUUGUCAACCGGGUGAACCAAGGGACGUAGCUAUCUCCCAGCCCCUGUGGUUUCACAUAGAAGUGCAGUGUGAACCAAAGCAAGACUGAAUGUGACUGUAAAUAAUUCUGUUCGUCAUUUCACUCCAUGCAGUUCUCUGAAUUGAGAGAUGUACCUCUUAAACCUCGAUAAUAGUUAUUCAGGGUCUGAGCAGCAGUAAAAGUCACCCACAAUCCAGGAGCUUUCCAGAAAGUCAUUUGAAGAAAUAAAGAGGCAAAGGGUCACAGAAGUGUUCAGAAGAAGGGCAAGGAUAAGAAAAAUAUUAGCUGUUAUGAAAUUUUAGCUGCAUCUUCCAAAAUGAGUGGUUAACUGGGCAAACCUUAAGCUCACAAGAGUGUAAAAGAUCUCUGGCUUUGCUGAAAUUUUAAGCCAAAAGUUCUAUUUAAUGGAGAUGUCAUGUAUAUCAACUAUUCUGGUUUAGAUAACUUAGAUAUAGUUUCUUAAUAGGUUACAUAUACACAUACAGUAUAAUAUAUCCCAUUCAGGUUUCAGAGUUUUCUAAUAUUAAAGAGAUAUAUAUUAAAUCAAUCACAAGUAAGUGACUGCUCCAGUUAAGACAGUAAUUUAUUUACCGAAGCAUUACAUUGUUUUGACUAAGCACAAUCAGAUGGCAAGUUUUCUAGAGCAUUUUAUAAGUCUUGUAUAGAAAUCUUUUACCAGAACCUGUGCAUUAAGAGAAAGCAAUGUUGCCCUUUUGAAUGAGAAGAUUUUUUCUGUCAAUCACAGGUUUUUUGAUUGUUAGGUUCUUUCUGUGUGUGAAACACAACCUGCAAAUUCACUGGUAGCUCAGAGUUAGUCUGGCAAGAAAGCCUAUCGGGAAAUAAGUUCAAAUACAGUAUGAGCUGCGGGAGUAUUUUUGUGUCUACACUGGGUUUGAAAUAAGUAAAUGAAUAUGAGCGAUUCAUACAAAAGGGCAAAUGGAAACCUUUCCUAUGGUUCCUAUGAAAAACACACCAAUACUUUCUGAUUUCUUCUACGGCUGUAGAAUACCGUCUUUCAGAAAGUUGGCUGGCUUUAUUUCUAACUCCUUAUUGAAGCUAUGGGGUGCUUACUAAAAGGAGGCAGCCAUAUAGUCCUUCUAAAGGCCUGGCCCUAAGCCCUUUCUAAAGCCAUGGGACAAAACCUGACACAUCACCCUAACAGAACAUUAAGUUGUAACUGAGAUUGCAAUACCUGUUACCACUCAGCUGCUGAUAGUUUUCUGAACUAAAAGGACUAAUUUUACUUUGAGGCCAAUGCUGCUUUCUGGUAUAUAUUCUUCAUACAAGAUUAUUAUUAACUGCUCUUUUUCCCUCUGGUGGGAAAAAAAAAUUAAACCUGGGAGUUUCAUGGGUUUUCUUUGUUUAUUUUUGUUUGUGGGGGAGGGAGUUUGUUUUUUGUGUUUGUACAUGAUCCAUCCUUAGUUUGCUAGAAUGUGUGUUGAAAUUGCUAUUAUACAAGUAAGAUUUUAAAAAUGUAACUCAAGUGUUUGUUCAAAUCAGGUUUCAUGGCAUUGCUUCUCUCCUAUAAUGGGAUAGAGAAAAUUAAAAUCUUGCAGUACGGAAGUUCAAGAAGAGAACUUACGAAGGACGAAUAGAACUACAAAUCUAUCUAAAUGAAAAAGAAAUGGUGGAAACUAAGCCUGAACUUUAACAUAUAAAGAAAACACUUGUUCCCACAGUGGAAAUGGAAAAUUAAAAAUCAUCAUCAUUUUUUUUCUUAUUGGUUUCAAAGUCAGCUUCCUCAUUCCAUGCAAGAUUAUAGAUGGAUACUUUAGUGGAAAGUAUAAGCAAUAAGACUAGAUAGCACUUAGUGUUUUCGGGAUUAACCAAAUGUGUGGAAACCGACUCCGACUGUAUCCGACUAUAUUUGUUUUCUAGUUUUCAAAUGGCCCUGGGUCAUUAAGCCUCACUCCCUCAGACGUCUCUCUUAACUAUACCCUAUAGUCUUCAUUUGAACCUUUAUGUAUGUCCAAACACUCUAUGAUACAAUACAUAAAAAUUUAAAUCAUACUUACUAAAAAUCCUUUUAGUAAACAUGUUUACUGAAAUUUUUUAAAAUUCAAAAGAUAUUUAGUACAUUUUUUUAGUAAACGUUUUCAUUAUGCUUAAAAAUUUUUAAACAUCUUUAUUAAAAAUCCUUUUAGUAAACAUGUUUACUAAAACCCUUUCAGUAAACAUGUCUUCAUUAUGGUAUACACAUAAAGGAGGAAAGCCCAGCCCAUAGGGUUUGUCAUGGGACAGACUGCAGGCUCUGAGGAUUCCCAAUAUCUAUAAAGUCUGGCUCGGCAAGUUCUGUUCUGUCCACCGUGGAGGAUUUGAAUCAAGAUCCCCCUGCUGAGCCAGUCUGAGUUUUUAUAACAAGCUGAGUUUCUUCUUGAGAAGGUCAGGGCCCAGGACGGUGAUGCAUAGACCAUGACGGGUGUCGGGGGAACGGGGGGUUGUUGAAAUUAUGUUAUGGGGGCAGUUGACGGAAUGUUAGACAGAACCCAAGCUUUCAUAUCAGCUUUUACAACAGUGUUGGGAGGAUCCAAAUGUGGGGUUGCGUGGAAUUCCCCCAAGUACACGUACUGGGGAAGUGAGAAGACGGGAAAGGAGAGACGUAGAAAGGAAGUAGAAUGGUUUUGGGGCCAAGGUACAAUCAUUAGACUAGAAUGAACUUAAUAGAGGUCCCAAGAGAAAGGGAGUAUAUUUUAUAUAGUUUCAUAACAGAGGGAAACUAACAGGAAGGCUCCCUGUCUGCAAGGCUCCUGGUCCCUCCCAACAGGGAUAAGAGAAUAGUCUUGGUUCAAGAGUUCUCCAGAGCAAGUUGGAAAUAACUAGGAAUACCAGACGAUGGGCCUGGGAAAUGUAAUUUAGGUUGUUCUGAGGGCAACCAUGGUUAGGGAAGAAGGAUCAGGGACCACUCUUGUUCCUAUUUUGGCAGGGAGAUUUAUUACUUGGUAGUAAAGAAGAGAGGAGAGAAGAGAAAAUAGUCCACUUCUAUCAUAAUGAUGGUUGUCCACAGUGAGACUGAACUCCCAGCUGAAAUGCGAAAAACAAACAAUGGUCAAGGUCACACGUUUCUUGCUUGGCUUAUAUUCAUUGCAUAGGGUUCUAAGGUUUUUGUUUUGUUUUUUAAGGGUGGGACACAGAAAGAAUGAAAAGAUCAGGGACAGCCCAUAAUAACUUUUAAGAAGUAUUAAUGUAAUGAUUUCCUACAUCUUUUGCAUUUGUUUCAAAUUAAAUAGAUAUAUAUCCAAGUAUAGUUGAAUGUGGUAAAAUUUUUAAGAAAACAAAUGGUAAUGGUGGAGAUGUCCUUCAAGUCUCUCUCAGCCAUAAACAGUGUAACGGGGAGUAGAGGAAGCAGAGGAGAACGCUGGCUUCACUGCUUUGUGGUCCACAAAGCCUUUAUAAAUAGUAGUGCCUUUCAGAGGGGAGAAUGGGAGAUAAAGAAGUUCAUUGCAUUUAGAUUUACUGAUACUGCAGCAUUUUUUCUUUAUUUUAAAAAUGUCUUGUAAAUGCAAACAUCUGAAUAUGGGGUGGAACCAGGAAUUUUUGAGCUUCGAUCUCAGCUAUUCCUGAUUCAUCUCUUCUUACAGAAAGUCUUUGUUUUUUCUUCUCAAAAUGUCCCCAUUGGUAAAAUGAGAAUUGGGGGUGGGGAAAGAGGAAGGACAUUAAUCUUACAGGAAUGUUGAGAAAUAACCUUGGUUGGGACAUCUAUAAAAUACUUUGAUUUUUUUUUUUAAAGUGCUACACACUGCCAGUGCUAAGAAUUUUAUUGAUAGUAACUUUGAACAUUCCAGGUUUUUAAUAUUCACAUCUUUAGAUACAAUUUAUAAACUCAUGAGAUUAAAUUCUGCAAAUUGCUUUCAGAUUAAAUUCUGUAACUUUCAGUUGGAAGUAUUAGGUGCUCUUUGUCUAAAUGUUAUUUGGUCUUAGCGUAUAAUUUCGAUCAUUUAAGAGCUUAUCUACUGAAAAAAGUUAGAGCUGAUGAAGUCUUAUGUCCAUAAGCCGUUUUCUCCAGUAUUUUUUAUGGCAAGUGCAAAGAGUAAAAUGCCCUCAAAAGCAGCUGCUACCUUCUCUUCUCAAUCUUUAUGCUCUGGAAAGACAGACAGAAAAGAACCCAACAACCAUUUUCCUCACUUGGGAGGGCAGAAGUGAGAAGAAAACAUCUUCUUACAUCACAAUUUAUUUUUUACAGUCUCACAGGAAUCUAUUAUAAGAGGCAAAUUAAAGGCACAGGCAAGUUAAAUGCAUAGAAAUGAAUUUGACUGUUCAUUUUUGGAGGACAAACCUUGAAACUUUUGUUUUUAAGAUGGCUUAGUCUUUCAGGAGUUGCAUAUUUGCUGUCCCAUAACCCCCAUGAUUAGAUCCCAUGAGUUAGGCAUUACUUUUUUCUUGCCUCUGUAGAAGAGCAUGGCAAUUUAGAUUUGUGAGAAUAUGAGGAAGUAAAUAUAAUAUAAACUAAAUUCCAGUUAUUUCUGUGCAUCAACUGAAAUUUUGCCUCAUGCAUUUAAUAGAGGAGGAAAUAUUUUGUAAAUAAGAGGUCUUUGUAGAGGGGCAAAGUUCAGACUCACCAUGUCCUUAUUCAGUGUGGACAAUGAAUUGUGCUGGAUGAGUUUUGAGGAAUGUAGACCUUCCUUUCUCUCCUGGGUUGCACCUCUGUGGAGUCUGGGUUAGACAAACACAGUAUGUGACCUUUCAGUGGAUUUAUUUAUAAAACUGCACCUUGAUUUUUCUUCACUAUUUAAAGUCUAGGAAUGAUUUGAGGAUGAAUGAUUAAACCCAGGGUGAGCCUAGAGAAGACAGAGCUCACACAUGUAUCAUCCAGAAAAGGAAAGCUACUAUGUUAAUAUUUAUUUUCUAAAAAUAGUAAGACUCUCAGUUGUUUCAUUAAUUCUAAAGGGUUAAAAAGGGCUGAAAUUUGUUUAUAGCACUAAAUGUUUUUAAUAGGAAAUAUUCACAUAAAAAAUUUAUACAGAAGUAGUAGAACACAAUUCUCAUAAGAACAUAUUUUCUAUGAAAGGCAUUUCUUCCUCAUCUUCAAUAAAUAUAAAGAAGUUAGAGGAGAGGAAAAAGCAGUCACUCCAAGGCAACUUUUCAUCUUUGAGGGACAUUAUGAAAAGCCUGAAAUUAAUAUGCACAGGCCAUUGCGUUUUUCUGUGAGAAAUGUGCCCAUUUGCUGUGAUAUUCUAAAGUGUGUUCAGAUUUAGGUUUUACUCAAAUGAUCAAGAUAACAGUUUAGCUAGAUAACUGCUAUUUCAGAUAGUGAGGUUAGCUGAGAGAAGGAAGCAUGGUAGAAGAAAUGCAAAUAACAGUUCUUGGAAUGCCAGCCCCUGAGGCUUAGUUUAACCAAGCUAAUCUGUUGGCCCAGGGAUAGCCAGCAUAGGAGCUUCCAUCAGUACCUGACUUCCAACGAGAAUUGAGUCCACAUUCUGGAGUGCUAUGGAGACUGUUACUAUGACCUCAAAGACUGUCUCUAGGAAUCUGAAAUUAACAAACGUCUCUUACUAACUUAAGCCAUAUCUGUCAUCUCUAUGUUUGAUAUUUCUGACCCUGGUGCUUUUACUUCUUUUUCUGCCAAACUUCAGCCUACUCUAUGGGGAAGGUGAGUAAAACUAAUAGAACAAAUAAGGAGACUGGAAAAACUAAACAUACUCUUCAGAAUGAGAUCCUGUUCAGAGAACAGUAGUGGUCAAAGUGCAAACUGUUGGAAAAUACAGAUAUAUGUACAUCGGUACAUGUAUAUAGUGUAUAAUAUGUAUGUAUAUGUUAUUGCUCAUAUGCAGAAAUCUAUCCAUUUGCAGACAGCCCAGGUGGGUCAAUUUUUCUAUUGGAAAACCAUUUAGGGCCAUUCAAAACCAUUAGGGCUAAUUUGUGGAGACAAACUCUACUCAUUUGGGAAUUAAUUUGCUGUCUUUUGAUGUCCACAAAGCCAAAUUAACAAAGUGUGAAACAUAAAGAGGCCAUCAGUUAGGUUAUUCUGUUUAUCUGGACUUUAUCAUUAUAGUUGAACUAUCAAUAGUCAAUUUCCAAACUGUAUUGGCAUCUCUUGGUUUUGAGUGACCCCUGCCUCCAAGUCUUUUGAGAAUUUGGAGUGGGCUUCACUGGCCAUUCAGACAAAGGGCCUUAUUCAUAAGUGGACAGGUUUCCCCAUAGGGACCAUCACACAUAUACAUAUAAGUAUAUACUUCCAUCAGGCUUGUAACAAUUGAUUUAAAAUCACUCCACAGUAUUGAUAAAUAGCUCUAUAUUUUCAAGGUGCAGAAGAAUUCCACAGCCUUAAUUAUUUCAGUGUCUUGCUGGUCUGCCUUAAGUGUAUCUUCUGGAUUUUUGGUUGUUUUAUUAUUUUUUAAAUUUUUCUGCUGUUGUUCAUUUUGUAUGCAUACAAUGUCGUUUUGUAAAGGUAGGUUGUAAAUAUUUUAUUUGUAAGUCAAAAUCACUCAUGUGUAAUGUUGUAAAGUGAUGACCUACUGUCUUGUUUCUGCUACAGUCAAUGUUAUAAGUUAUGAAUGAAACUUCAAAAUGUACAUCUCACAUGUUAUGCAUUCCUAUAAAUAUACUAUACUAAAGAUACUA